GUGGAGAUCAAGAAGAGAUCCAGAGUGCCUGGUGUCAUGAUCACCCAGUAUGUCAAGGAACUGCCACGUGGAAAAUCUACACCUGAUUUCACUAGGAAACCAAUUGCCUUGACAGUACAAGAAGGCAAAGUGGCCCUUUUCAAAGCGGUUGUGAAUGGAGAUCCAGCACCGACUGUAACAUGGACUCGCAACAAGGGUGACACUACUGAUCCAGAACAAUAUAAGCCACGUUAUGACGAAAGGAACAGGGAACAUGUUUUAGAAAUGCCAAAUGUGCAAGUAAAUCAGGCAGAUACGUACAAAUGCUUCGCUACAAAUACAUUUGGACAAGCAGUGUGCACUGCUACGCUGAGCGUAUUCUCAGCCAAUGAUCCUGAGGAUUUCAGAAAAAUGCUUAAAAAGACCAAAAAAGAAGAACCCAAGAAAGAGGGAGAGAUUGAUCCAAAGUUCUGGGAUGUGAUGCUAAAUGCCAAAAAAUCUGAUUAUGAGCGAAUCUGUCAUGAAUUUGGAAUCACUGACUAUCGGUGGAUGCUGAAACAGCUUAACCUAAAGAAAAAGGAGAAGGAGGAUGAACAAGCAAAGGUGGUUGAAAACGUUGACAACAUGAAGCCGAUUGAAGUAAAGACAAGUGGCAGAGCUGAAUUUGAGUUUGAUAUGAGGAUUAAGGACCCAAACAGUAAAAUUUACAUGUACAAAAAUGGUGAAAUGCUUGAUUAUGGCGCUGGCUCCGAUGAUACUUGUAAACACAAUAUGAAGAAAACUGGCGACAAGUAUUUGUUUAGCAUCAACAAUCUUGGCUUAAAUGAUGGUGGACUAUAUCAAGUUGAUGUAGAUGAUGUCAACAUCAUCACAACAAAAUUAGAAGUUCCCGAUGUGGAAUUUGACGGCAAGCUGAAAGAUGUUAAAGUGGUUGAGGGACAGGAUGCAGUGUUUGAGGGUGUUUUUUCUGGCCCUGUAUCACAAAUCACAUGGUGUGUCAAUGACAUCUCUGUUGAGCAUGGAGACAAGUACAAUAUCACAGUCUCUGAGGACAAGCUCACCCACAGACUAGUAGUAAAGAACAGCAAAAAAGAAGACAAUGGUGUGUACACAGCUAUUGCUGGGAUUAAAUCAUCCAGGGCUUCUCUUGCUGUUAACGAGGAUCCUAAUGCCAGGGGGAAAGGUCGAGAUGGUGCAGGGGAUGGAGCAGAUGAUUUUGCAAGAUGUCUGGCAGAUGAACAGGCCAGACUGCAGAGAGAAAAAGACGAAGCAGCCAGAAGAGGCAAGGGUGCAGAUGGCAGAGGUGACGGAGCGGAUGGCCAUGAUGGAAAGCAUGGUCAUGGUGAUUUAACAGAUAGCCGUGGUGAUGGAGCGGAUGGGUGUAGAGGACUUGGCUUGGGAGACAAUAGAGAUGCGUCAGCAAAGUAUGGACAAGGAGAAGACAUUACAGUUGUAAGUGGUAAAAAUGGAAAGAGUUCUGGAAUGGGUUUCGGAGGAGAUGGAUUGAGUAGCCAAUCAGCUGUGGUUGGAUCUGGUGGAGAUGGUGCAGAUGAUAAAUUGCACUUCGCAAGUGGGUUAACAGACAAAAAUGCCCUCCGUGGCAAACCAGCAGAGUUGGUGUGCAAACUUAGUACUGACAAAAUUAAUGGAGUGUGGUAUAAAGAUGGAAACAAGUUGACUUCCAAAGAUGGAGUGGUGAUCUCGAAGGAUGGUUGCACACAUAAGCUCGUUGUCCAGAAUUGCAAAGAUUCUGAUGCAGGUCUAUAUCAUUUUGAGGUAAAUGGUUGCAAGACAGAGGCGAUGGUCCGAGUUGGAGAUCUUCCAGAAUUUGACCUUGAUGCUUUGGGAAAGUUCUCCAACCCUGUAAUAGUGAAAGCAGGCCAGAGUGCAUCAUUUAAGAUGUCAUUUCCCCCACAACCUUCACUGGAGAUAAAAUGGUUUAAAAAUGGCUCUGAGCUUCUUGAUGGAGGUUCAGUGAAAGUGGUGAAGGAAUCAAACCACAGUCGUCUUCAAAUAAAAGACUGUCUGCGAUCAGAUACUGGCCAAAUCCAAAUUAGGCUAAAGAACCCUUUUGGUUCUAUUGAAGCUUUAUCAAGUCUUACAGUACAAGACAAGCCAGGUCCGCCUCAAGGCCCAGUAGAAGUGAAUGAAACCACAUCAUCAGUCCUUGAACUGAAAUGGAAUCCUCCGAAGGAUGAAGGUGGCUCAGCAGUGACCAACUAUAUAAUUGAGCAGCUACAGGUUGGACAGAAUACCUGGCAAAAGGUUGGGGAUAUUCCAGCUAACCAUCUUAACUUCAGAGAUAGAAGUGUGUCCCUUGGCAAGAGGUACAUCUAUCGCAUCUAUGCUGAGAAUCCCGAGGGCAUCAGUGAGGCUCUGGAGACUGAAAAAAUCAUGGCUGGCUCUUUAAUGUUCCCUGGUCCACCAACUCAGCCAAAGGUGGUCAGUGCUUUCAAAAACUGUAUUAACCUAUCAUGGACUCCACCAGAGAAAGAUGGAGGGAAUAAAAUAUUGGGGUACCAGAUAGAAAAACGCAAGAAAGAUACAAACCAGUGGGUGACUCUAAACUCAGUUAAGGAUCCUAUCAAAGGACUGAAGUAUGGAGUGAAGGAUGUGUCUGAAGGGUCAGAGUAUGAGUUCAGAGUAAUUGCCAUUAAUUCAUCUGGAGCUGGGGAACCCAGCACUCCCUCUGAAAUGGUCUGCGCUAAAAACCCCAACAUGAAGCCCCAUUUCAAAGAUCCUGAAGAUUUUAUGGUUGUGAGAUCAGGAAAUUCUAUCAGAAUCAAAAUUAACUAUGAGGCCGCUCCACAGCCAGACAUUAAGUGGCUUAAGAAUGGUGAACCUGUAUCUCCCUGGAACAAGAUAAUUCAUGAUGAUGGCACCUGUACGCUCAUUGUCCCCUCCUCAAAGUAUUCAGACUCUGGUGUCUAUACCAUUGUGGCUAAAAACUCAAGUGGGCAAGCCAGCUUUGACAUAGAAGUCAGAGUAACAGAUGAACCCAGGCCUCCAGGACCAGUGGAGUUAGAACAGCUGGUUUUUGGUAAAGUCAUUAUCAGAUGGUUGCCAUCUCCAGACCAUGACAGAGAUGACAGACUGCACUACAUGGUGGAAGAGCAAAACUCCAACAGCCGCAUUUGGCGCACAAUAGCGGACCACCUUCUCUGUACAACCUACACAACCACCGUACAACCAGGUCAAGAAUACCACUUCAGAAUCUAUGCAAAAAAUGACAUGGGACUUUCUGAUCCUUCGGAUUCACCAACGUGGGGUGUCAACAGCAAUAAAGUUCUAGCACCCUCAACUGUGCCAACCAUGGUAAAUUUAGAAAAGCCACCAUCAAUCCUGGUUCCACUAAAACUCCACUCUCCGCCAAAAGGAUACCAGUGCUACAUGACCUGUGCUGUACGUGGUUUGCCCAGCCCAUAUAUUGCAUGGUACCAUAAUGGGAUUUGCAUCAACUCCGACAACAACUACUACAUCACAAAUGCAUUUGGCGUCUGCUCAAUGUACAUCCUCAGAGUCCGGCCUGAAGACAGUGGCGAGUACAAAGUGGUGGCGGUCAACUCACUUGGCAGAGCAGAGUGUUCUUCGACAUUAAAAGUGAAAGCCUCAGUUUCCUGUUCUUAG